CCUCGUCUUAGGCCCUCCGCCACCGUAGCGGAGUUAGAAGGGCACUCAACUCCUGCCCUGGGCUCGCUUGGCGUUAGCCCUGUGCCUCAAGUACCUGUCUCGAGGGGCUUAUUGUGCCCUCAGCCGAAAGCAAAGCGAACACUAUUCGUGGGGGCCGACAGGCGCAGCUGCUGCUCAAGACUGAGGGAGCACCCAGGGCCGCGCCUCCUCUUCCUAUUUUAUACUAACAAGAUUUGAAAGAGACUUAUUAGGCUGGUUCUCUCCGAAGGAAAGGGAGUGUUGUAUUCGAAAAAGUGUUUCUCUUGAGCGGCGGAUCCGAAACCUGAGCAAGAGGUUAAGUAAAGAGUGCUAGGCCGCGCAAAUGAUGGAAGGGGAUGCUCUUUGCUGAAGAAUUCCCUUCUUUACUGCAUGCUCUUGAGCUCCCUGCGUUGACUCCGUCAAGCUGUCAGAUCCUGGGUAGACCUCCUACUUGAGCUUAAGCCUGGCAGCGUGGUACCCUGCUCAGACAUUCACUGAGAAACUGAAAUGACCGAGAGAUGUGGUUUACCUCGAAGGAAAGCGUGCUGUAAACGCCUGUUUGGAGAUUUAUAGCAUAUCCAGUCAGUUGACUCUGUUUACUCUGAGCUCCCUCCUCGAAAGUUCUGAGGGACAACUCUCUUCCCGUGUGGAGUUUGUUCAUUAUUGUACUUUGACACUCGGUUGGAAAUAUCCAUUUCUGCGGUUGUUUGGAAUGCUGUCUCAUUUAUUCUGACCUAAUCAGUUAUCUGUUUGUGAUAUCUUAUCUGUGGAAAUAGAGUUGCUUAUAUAAGUACAGUUCACACUUAAAUCUCAAUACUAAUUCUAGGUAAUACAAUUUCAGCCAAAAAAGGUUUAUCAGAUGGCUUUAUUUGAAUUUAAAACCUGUCUGUAUAUUUGUAUUAGGAAUUAAAUGGCAGAAGUGAAGAUAGGGAUUUGAUAAUUUGAUGGUCAGUUGUACUAGAUAAUCAUGUUAAGUAGUUCUGCAAAAUAUUUUUUGGGAUUUUUUUGCUUUUUUCCUCUGAUUCAACUCCAUAUUUUGGUAACUGAAUUUUUUGUUAUCUCAAACGGUGGGUUGUUUUUAUUAGUUGCUAUUGAGUGGAUUCCGACUCAUGGUGACCCUCUGUGUGUCAGAGUAAAACAGUGCUCCAUAGGAUUGUCAGGAUCUUUCAGAAACAUAUCACCAGGCCUGUCUUCUGAGCUGCCCCUGAGUAGGUUUGAACUGCCAACCUUUCAGCUAGUAUUGGAGCACUUAACCUUUUGUGCCACCCAAUUUCCUUUGAAACCCUUCCCUAACUCAAGACGUAGUGACUUAUUUUUCCUCAUUCCCUUAAUGUUGGUUUAUGAAAUUUUACCACCAUCCAAGUAAUCAAAAAUGGAAAAUUCUGCAAAAGCAGAGGAAUAUGGAAAGAUCUCUUUUGAAGAGACACAGCCAUUAGUAAAUUCUGAAACAGAGUCUUCAUUCAGUAUUAAUGAAAACACAACAGCUUCUGGGUCUGGGCCUUCUGAAAACGCUCCUAUCUGUGAGCGAGUAGGCACACCAAAAAAGAGAAGAAUGGAGUUUGAAGAUGAUCUUAUAAAGGAAAGUUCUAGUUGUGGGGAAGAUAAAAAAAGAACACUUGAUGCUGAAAUUUUCCCAGAGAAGAAAGGGUCUGGAGAUGAUGGUAGCACUUCAAAGAAAAGAAAAAUAGAAGCUGAUGAUGUUCCAACAAAUGGAUCUUCCACCAGAGAUGGCUCUCAGCAAAAGAGAAAAAUAGAACUUGAGGAUGUUUCAGAAAAACGAAAAAGACUGGAAGAAGGACACAGCUCAGCAGUGGCUGCCCACUACAAUGAACUUCAGGAAGUUGGUUUGGAGAAGCGUAGCCAAAGCCGUAUUUUUUACCUAAGAAACUUUAAUAAUUGGAUGAAAAGUGUUCUCAUUGGGGAAUUUUUAGAAAAGGUGCGACAGAAAAAAAAACACGGUAUCACUGUUUUGGACCUGGGAUGUGGUAAAGGGGGAGAUUUGCUCAAGUGGAAGAAAGGAAGAAUUAACAAGCUAGUUUGUACCGAUAUUGCUGAUGUUUCUGUCAAACAAUGCCAGCAACGGUAUGAGGACAUGAAACAUCGCUGUCGUGAUAAUGAAUAUAUUUUUAAUGCAGAAUUUAUAACUGCUGAUUGUUCAAAGGAACUUUUGAUUGGCAAACUCCAUGAUCCAGAAAUGUGCUUUGAUAUCUGUAGUUGUCAGUUUGCCUGUCAUUACUCGUUUGAGUCCUAUGAGCAAGCUGACAUAAUGCUCAGGAAUGCUUGUGAGAGACUUAGCCCUGGAGGCUAUUUUAUUGGUACCACUCCCAAUAGCUUUGAGCUGAUAAAACGCCUUGAAGCUUCAGAAACAGAAUCAUUUGGAAAUGAAAUAUAUACUGUGAAAUUUCAGAAGAAAGGAAAUUAUCCUUUAUUUGGCUGCAAAUAUGAUUUCAACUUGGAAGGUGUUGUGGAUGUCCCUGAAUUCUUGGUCUAUUUUCCAUUGCUAAAUGAAAUGGCAAAGAAGUACAAUAUGAAACUAGUCUACAAAAAGACAUUUCUGGAGUUUUAUGAAGAAAAGAUUAAGAACAAUGAAAAUAAAACACUGUUAAAACGCAUGCAGGCCCUGGAGCCAUACCCUGCAAAUGAGAAUUCCAAACUUGCCUCUGAGAAAGUGGAUGACUAUGAGCAUGUAGCAAAGUAUAUGAAAAACAGUCACAUAAGAUUACCUUUGGGAACCUUAAGUAAAUCAGAAUGGGAAGCUACAAGCAUUUACUUGGUCUUCGCAUUUGAGAAGCAGCAGUGAGCACAUGCGCAGUGGCAACAGAAUAGCUAUGUUUCAUCGUAGACAGAUUCGACAGCUUUCUGUGUGUAUUUUAGUUAUUCUGAAUGUGCAGGAAGGAUGCUGCCAGAAACUCCAGCGUAUAAAUUCAGCAGUUGCUGUCUGCGACAGAUGAACCUUUAUUUGUGUAUAUAAGAGUGAGCUGGGACUUUUGUCUUUAAAUAAUCUAUUUUUAAUUAAUGUUCUGAGAAUUUGUUUGCCUUUACUCCAUUAGCUUGUAAAAAUUCUGCUCUGAGUUGUUAAAGCAGUUGAACUCUUCCUACAGUGCUCCAACUUGCUCCAUGUUGGUGUACAGCAGUGAAUGUGCCACACUUCCGUAGUUGGUGAGGUACACGCAGGGCUGUAUGUGUGUGCUUCUCUGUGAUCUUGUUGUAUAGUGUUUCCAAGAUGAAAUAGGUUGCUUUCUGUACAAUUGAAUGUAAAUGUUCAAUGUGUAUUGCCAAAGUUAGAAGUUUAAAAUUGAGUUUUAGAUGGUAAUAAAAUUCUAGGCAAGUUAUUUAGCUAGAAUUUUAGCCUCUUAAUACAUUUCUGUGUAAAUAAUAAUUACUUUUACUUGCUAAUAUGCUGUAAUUCUGAAAGUGGUUAGAACAGUUUAGAUGGCAGCAUAGAAUUGUUUUAGAGUUUUGGGGCUUUCUCUUAAGAACUUAAUGCCAUAGCAAUUAAUGUUUCUCAUCUUCAAGAAUGUAAUUAGACAGGUUUGCUUUUCUAAUUGAGCAAAGAUGGUAUAGUUAUUUUUCUCAGGACUUAAUGAAAAUCUCUCCCAUUUCACAUUUUCCUCAGAUUUAUAAAUGGAACUAUGAUGGCGACGUAUGACCAUAAAGGAAGCAGAUAGAUGGACCUCAGAUUCUCACUGAUGUUAGAGCUAGGUUACAGAUGCCAUGUGUUAUAGAUGCUAUGUGUUACAGAUCAUUUACACCCUGCAGUUUAGAAAUAAAGCAACAUUUAUUCCUUUGUUACAAUAUCAGUACUUUGCAAAGUAGGAUCCAGGGUCUAAUCACCAUUAAAAAUUUUAUUUGCCAUUUCAGAACCAUUAUAACAGUCAGCCGUGGCUUCUUGUUUGACUAUUUUUCUAUAACUGACACUGAGGUAAACUCAGUAAACUAGGUAAAAUCUUAUCCUUACUUUACAUCACAGUUUGGAGAACUCGCUAGUUUUUUGAUAUAGUGAAAAACUUAAUAAGGAAAACAGUUAUGUACUCUGCAGUUACUGUGUGUCCUUCUAAAAUCAUUUAUUUAAAGUAUGAUUUAUAAAGACAUUACUUUCUGUAGUUAUCCACAGUAGUUGUUUAAAAAACAUAAUCUCUUAGUUUAUAUAUGUUCACUGUUUGUGGUGGUAGAGUAGCAAAUUUUUUACUAAGAGAAUAUGGGUUUCCUAAUUUCUGUUCCAUCUGCAGUCUUUAAGUCUCCAAACUGUUACCAGUUUACCAAAUUCACAGUAAGUCUUUUGGGCUUAGUGGUGGUUUGCCUGAAUAGGUCAUUUGGGGAAAUAAAUAGUAGUAUAUCUGACUAUGGUGGCUGUCAUUAGCUAAGAAAGGUUUGGUACUGGUGCUAGGGAGGUGGGGAAAGGUUAGCCCUUACUGUUAUAUAUCCAGGUUCAUUGUAGUUCUAGGGAAGUGCCAGAAAGUGUUUUGAUAGUUUGGUAGAGUACAAAAAGCUUCAACUUUAUUUCCCAUUGCUAUUCUCACUUCAUGGUCUUAAUUUCUAAGCUGGUAGUAAAACAUAUUUUUAGCUUCCUUCUGCCCUUCCCACUUCAUGAAUAAUUUGGAGGAGAGAAGAAUCCCCUGAAGGAUGGAGUCACUGAUGGCAAUAUAAAGAGAA